GUCAAGUGAUGACAGAUUCUAUCUUCAUUUCAAAUCGUCAAAGCAGACAGACGACGAUGGAGAAAACACGGAUAGUUUAUAUAAUGAUAGUGUUGGCAUUAUGCACUUCUUUUGUUGCUGAUGCUGAGGGAAGUUGUUUCGAAGACGUUACGGCACUACCAAAUAUGCCUCUCCGUCAACCAGACAGAUUCUGGGGAGAGGAAGUAAACCUCCGUAUAAGUGAUGAUAAUCUGAACUUUGAGUGGUACAGUGUUGUGCAUAAUGGAUGGCAAUAUAUUAUGGUUGACUCGACACAAAGGCCAAAUUAUACGAGCUGUUCUACAUUCUAUCCAGUUUAUUUGCAAGGUACCCAUCCAUCGAUAAAUUCAUUAACCGAAACACCAACAAAUGCCGUGGCUUGCAAACGUGAUUAUUUGUAUCCGUGUGAUAUACAACAUCAAGUGAAGAUAAGGAAAUGUGGAGAUGAAAUACAGUACUACCUGCCCCCGACAAAGUCAUUUAGUGCAUUCUGUUUCAGUAAUUAUUCUAAACUGCACAUUACUCCUGAUAUAUCAGAUGUUGUACUCGGAAACAUAGGCAUUGCACCGGAGCUCAGAUUCACAGAAACUGCGAUAGUUACUCCAUUUGGAAAUUCAAUACAUUUUGACCCGUAUUUUCAGUUCCGAUGUUUAUUUAAUGUACAAGAGUCGUUCUAUUACAAGGUUAACUGGUACGUGAACAGAGCCCUUUUAGUAUCAUAUGGCCCUACAACAUACAUAAAUGGCUUACUUUUUCACCAGAGUGUGCUUAUAGACAACAAUAUUAAAAUGGGGUUUGACGUAAGUAUUGUGUAG